AUAUUUGGGUUCUGUAUUGAAAGAAUAUCAGAGUACAUCUCGUUUGUUAGGAAAAACACUAAAAUUAGAAGAUCUUCAAUAUGCAACAUAUUUUUAUUUUGUUGAUAAAUCAUGUGAAUUUGAGAAAUCUAUUAAAGAAGCAGAAAAAAUUAUGCGAAUGAGAAAAAUUAAUGCUAAUUCUAAUAAAAAAUAG